CGCAUGCACUGCGGUGCUGGAGAGUUCAUCCCAGUCGUCUGUUUUCAUGCAGAGCGCAGUACCUCUCACACUGCUCUCCCUGCAUGGUAACUGCUGGUGUCACUCGUAUAAUCUGGAUUAAGGUGUCAUCCAUCGGCGCGGUCGCUCAGUCAUCUGAUUUUAGACUGCAGCGAGCUGGGAUGGUGCUGCGUCCGGAUGCUCGCUGAACUGCAGAUGCUGCGUUUGGGAGUUUGAUUGAUAGGAGGAGGAAGAAGCUCAGGAAUGGCAGCAAAGUUGGGGGGAUAAUUGCUGCCAAAGGAGCAAAUGUGCCGCAGGACUUGGAAGAUCUGCAGCAUAGGGGCACACAGCAGCUCAAAACAGACUUCUGCAUGAAAGCCUUCCUCGCUCCACCACUUCUCUUCUUCACCUGUAGGGUCUAACAAGAAUGCUACAAAUCAAGAAGUUUACAUUAACUAGUUGGUACCAAAUUCUACUCAGCUGUUUGCACCAUGGAGGAAAGUAAGCUCAUCUUCAGCCUGGACCGCAAACAUGAAGGCCCUUCUGUGGCUUUUACAAAAGAAAAACCCCAAACCAGGGAGUGUCAGUCGGACCACAGCCUUGAGAUGGCUUUGGAUCUGGGCCCAAGUGUUUACUCUAAGCCCCUCUUUCCCCUUCACUCCCCAUCAUCUCCAGGAUCUUUAUCUGAUCUGUCCAUGAUGUCAGAGGAUCUUCUCAUGACUACCGGGCUGGUCAAGUCCUCUUCCACAGACCUGAAUACAAGUGAGAGCAGCACUCUAAGAGGCAAGCCGCUCCUCAGCUUGGUCAAGUCUUUCAGCACAGAAAUCUCCCGCAGGACUGAGCCUGAGGUCAAUCUCUCCAUGUCUGACUCCAAGCUUCAUUUGCAUCCCCGGAAGACAAACCAGAAGAUCCGCGACCAUAGGCCAGAGGAAGCGGGAAGGGAUCAAAAUGAAGAUGGGUCAUCACAUCCUUCGGCAGACAACCUGUCUCCCACUGAACCACGAGGAAGUUCACUGAUCGCUGACUUGGAGGACACACGGAGGAAGUUCUCAGAAGCUAUGCAGGAUCCCCUCAGCAUGCUAAAUAAGAUCAUGGGGGACGAGAACUCUGGAAGUCCCAAGCAGGGAAAAAUGUCAGCUCCAGAGGACUCACCUCUUUCCCAAAGUUGCUGCAGGAGAAGCAGCAUCAGUGACAAUUCCGUCCUGAGAUGCAGGAGGACAGACAGCGAGCACAAACUUAUGUGUGACAAUCCAGUCAGAAGACUUCAGAAGGAGUCACCAAUAAAAUCCAGCAACAGCCUGGAGCACUGCAGCCAGCGAAAAGACAGGCACUUAGAAAUCUGCUCUUACGGGGAUGUGAUUCAGGUGGUGGAGCUCCAGGAUGGAGCUGGGCGGACACAUCAAAGAACUUAUCCCAAGUCUGGAGUCACAAUCAUGGGUUCGGCUUUUCCCUUUCACUGGCUCUUCCCUGUGGGACUUCUGGCUUAUGCCUUUUUUGUGCUGCCCCUGCCACCCUACGUUACAGGUCUUUCCCUGGGUGUGGCGUGCGGGUUUAUGCUGGGCUUGGUGGUGGUGUUUGUGUUUUCCCCAAGACAUGGAGGCUCCAGAGGGAAAACGGGACCUCGGAGCCACACAAUUACAGAGGAUCUGGAUAGGGAGCUCACUGAUCCAGGCUUUCUAGAGGGCUGGAUGAGUGAAGCAUUUAGCUACGACCCUGAGACCUUCCACCCCUCCAUCACUCAUUCCGUUUAUGUGACACUGGAUGGCAGCCGGCUACGUCUGGCCUACCCACGUGCCAACAUUCCCCGGUGGGCUUCAUUUAAAGAGACGCACCACGAGGCAGCGUUUUUACACGCUCACAUUUACCAGCUGGGUAACAGUAAGGUUUCCUUGGAGCCUCCUGGUUUGGCUCGUAAGAGGAUAUGGAACAGGAAGUACCCCAUAUGCAUCACCCUGGCUGAGGGUGAGAUAGGGGAGGAGACCUUUGACGAAGGGCAAGAGGAGGAAGAGAAGGCAGAGAAGCACACCAUUCCAAGCCAGAGCUCCCCCGUCACCCUCUACCUGUUUGGCCGCACAGGAAGAGAAAAGGAGGAGUGGUUUCAACACCUUUUGUUAGCUUCCAAAGCUGGAGCUGUAAGCAGCAAUGAGGAGAAUACAGAAACACCAAAUAGUGGAGAAGCUUUCAAAGAAAAUGCAGAGGACCUGAAUGACCUCUCUGUAAAAUCCAGAACGAUGCUGGACUACACCACCUACAUGACUCAAUUGAUUGGCUCGAAAAGAUGCAGCCCCGCCAACAGCCCCUGCCAAAGUGAUAAGGGAAGCCCCUCAAUUUGUAAAAAGGUUCAUGCUGAAGAUCAUGGCUCUGAAGGUGAAUCAGGGGGUGAUCCAUCUGCAGCGACUGAGUCAGCGAGGUGCUCUGCAGAGAGCCAGCCCACCUGGGUGAACUGCCUGGUGGGCAGAAUAUUCUGGGACUUUCUAGGAGAGAAAUACUGGACUGACCAGGUGGCACACAAGAUUCAGAAGAAACUCAGCAAAAUUAAGUUGCCAUAUUUCAUGAAUGAGCUGACCCUGGCUGAUCUGGACAUGGGUACCUGCCUUCCUCAGGUCCUACACACGUCCAAGCCUGCACUGGAUCGCAGAGGUCUGUGGCUGGAGCUGGAGGUGAUGUACACAGGCUGCCUUCAGAUGACUCUGGAGACUAAGAUGAACCUUUCUAAGCUGGGAAAGGAGGAAGAGGAUGAAGCUCACAGUGUUUCUGAAAUGCAACAUGUUGGCUCUAAGGCAAGACUGUGUGUAUUGGCUGAUAGUGAUGAAGAGUCGUCGAGUGCAGGAUCCUCUGAUGAAGAAGAAUUUCCUGCAUUUGAGCUGCAGGGAUCUCAGGGGGAAAAGAGCAGCGGAACAGCAGCUGAUGGCCACACUGGUAGCAGCACAGGUAGAAAAAUACUAAAAUUUGUUGACAAGAUAGCAAAGUCUAAAUAUUUCCAGAAGGCCACAGAAAACGAGUACAUCAGGAAGAAGAUAGCUGAGGUCUCCAACAUGCCCCUCAUGCUCAGUGUUGAGGUCCUGGAGCUUUCUGGAACUCUGGCGGUCAACAUUCCUCCUCCCCCUACAGACAGGAUAUGGUACAGCUUCAGAGUGCCUCCCAGGUUAGACCUUCAUGUGCGCCCUAUGCUGGGAGAGCGGGAAGUCACCUUCACUCACGUGACUGAGUGGAUUGAAAGAAAACUGCAGUGUGAAUUCCAGAAAGUGUUUGUGAUGCCAAACAUGGAUGAUCUCUAUCUGCCGCUGAUGACAUCUGGGCUGGAAAAUACACCUGCAUCCCAUCAGUCCUCUGGUCAUUCUUCCUCCUACCAAUCAUCUGUGGAGUCUCAGGAGUACCUGACAGAAUAAAGCCCCCUAGAGCCCACUCAUGCAACUCUCCAGGGACUCUGAUGAAAAAAGAAACAAUGCAACAGUGGCCCCAGCUGGAUUCAUGGAAAACUCAAAGCAUGCACAUCCAUUGUGAUCAUUCAACAUCAGCAAAGUUGAAACUGAAAUAUGGAAGCUUUGGACUGCAAACAUCCCUUUAAUCUUAUAAUAAUGGUGCAUGAUGUUUAAGUGAUUUCUUGACAUUGAAUAAAGUUUAUUUAGACAUUU